AACCGCCAUUAGACUGAGAGAAGAAGAGCAGAAGACGCGUUUUGCAGCCAGUGCUUACCUUAACGGCUGCAAAAUCCUCCUGUGAACAUUUUAUUCAUACAUAAAUCCUUAAAUUGAUGAUCAAACAGGAGCCAGGAUGUUCGCGGGGUUGCCCGAGCUCGGCAUAUCCAACGGCGAGGACCUCAAAGAAACUCUCACCAACUGCACAGAGCCUCUGAAAGCCAUCGAUCAGUUCCAGAUGGAAAAUGGCAUCCUGCUGCCAACGCUGCAGUCUGCUCUUCCCUUCCUCGACCUCCACGGGACGCCUCGGCUGGAGUUCCACCAGUCCGUCUUUGACGAGCUUCGAGACAAGCUGAUGGAGCGAGUCGCCACCAUUGCAGAGGGAAAGGACGAGGACAGAUACGGGAAGCUGGAAGAACUACUGGAGAAGAGCUUUCCACUUGUCAAAAUGCCGUCCAUUCAGCCGGUGGUAAUGCAGGUGCUGAAGCAUCUACCCAAGGUGCCAGAGAAGAAGUUGAAGAUGGUGAUGGCUGACAAGGACCUGUACAAGGUGUGUGCUGUUGAGGUGAAAAGGCAAAUCUGGCAAGACAACCAGGCUCUGUUUGGGGAUGAAGUCUCGCCCCUCCUGAAGCAGUACAUCGUGGAGAAAGAAGCAGCUCUGUUCAGUAGUGACCUCUCCAUCCUACACAAUUUCUUCAGCCCUUCUCCAAAAACAAGACGCCAAGGCGAGGUGGUUCUAAAGCUGACCCAGAUGAUUGGGAAGAACGUGAAGCUGUACGACAUGGUGCUGCAGUUUUUACGAACGCUCUUCCUGCGGACGCGAAACGUCCACUACUGCACUCUGAGGGCAGAGCUGCUGAUGUCUCUUCAUGACCUGGACAUCAGUGAGAUCUGCUCCGUGGACCCCUGCCAUAAGUUCACUUGGUGUUUAGACGCCUGCAUCCGUGAAAAGUUUGUGGACGGCAAGCGAGCCAGAGAACUGCAAGGUUUCCUGGAUGGAGUGAAGAAAGGACAAGAGCAAGUCCUUGGGGACCUGUCUAUGAUCCUGUGUGACCCGUUUGCCUGCAACACCCUGGUCUUGAGUAUCAUGAGGAACCUGCAGGAAUUGCUGAGUCAGGACUCUUUACCCAGAGAAAGUCCAGACCUGAUGCUGCAGCUGAGGAUGCUGUCGCUGGGUCAAGGAGCGUGGGACAUGAUCGACAGCCAGGUCUUCAAAGAGCCUCGUUUGGAUUUAGAGGUGGUGACCCGCUUCCUGCCUGCAAUGAUGUCAGUGGUUGUUGAUGAUCAUACCUUCACUGUAGAACAGAAGCUUCCCAGCGAGGAGAAGAGCUCAGUGUCGUACCCCACCACCCUGCCAGAUGCUUUUAACAGAUACCUGCAGGAGAACAGAGUGGCUUGUGAAAUGGGGCUCUACUAUGUCCUCCACAUUGCCAAACAGAGGAACAAGAAUGCCUUACAGAGGUUACUACCUGCCCUGGUGGAGACCUACAAUGACAUGGCCUUCGGUGACAUCUUCCUGCACCUGCUGACUGGACAUCUCACCCUGCUCUCCGACGAGUUUGGAUCAGAAGAGUUUUGUUCAGUGGUCUUUGAUGGCUUUCUCCUCACAUCUUUCUCUAGUAAAGAAAAUGUCCACAGACACACCCUUCGUUUGUUGGUGCAUCUUCAUCACAAGUUGCUGCCAUCAUAUAUGGAAACCUUGAUGAAAACCCUUGAACCUCCAAAGCAGUGCAGUGAGCCGAUGAAGGAACUGUACACUCAGCUGACGGAGAAGCUGGAGGCCCAGAAGAAGAGCCCUCCGCCUCCAGAUGAAACUCCAUCCCUGGAUCUGGGGCUGCACCCGGUCGCUGUCCCGACCACUGCUUCCACCCCAACUACACCUCUCUGAGACACCACAGAAACAGAGAGAAAGCCACAGUUCUUAUCCGGUGUCUGACUGUAAAGACCGCCUCCGGCCAGCUCACCAUCGUUCAGACAGGGCAUUUUACAGUUUGUUGUAUGAUUUUUUUUUCAUGGAGGUUUAGUUUGUUUAGAUGUUUGUCUUCAGGCUCUGACGGUGUAGUCCAUCAGCUAACUGUAUUUGUCAAUAAAAGUUUUUAUAAAAUGCA